AUGGCCUGGCCACUGUACUUAGCAAUGGUGACUGCACUUGUAGCUGUAGUGUUGAUGAUACUACCAAACCCACCACUAACCAACCAAGCCAGACUCUGGAUGGACAAGGGAAGUUUCUUCAAAUUUGGCAACCAUGACAUAUUCUAUAUUGAUGAAAAAGGAUCGAAUCCAAACAGAGGAACUGUGCUGAUAUUCCAUGGAUAUCCUACAUCUAGUUAUGACUGGAAUAAGAUAUUAGAUGACCUGAAGGCAGAGUUCAGUCAAGUUGUGAUGUAUGAUCUAUUGGUCUUAGACUCUCAACUCCCUGGGGCAGGAAAGAUGGGGCCCAAAAGGUUGGGUCAUUCCUUUACAAUAUCGGAGCAGACAGACAUUGGUGAGGUGCUGCUGAUGAAACUUGGUGUUAAACAAGCUCACAUCCUAUCACAUGACUAUGGGGACACAGUGGCUCUGGAGCUUUUAGCCAGGCACAACCAAGGACAUGGUAGGAUCCAUGUCCUGUCACUUUGUCUCUCAAAUGGAGGUGUGUUUCCAGAGACAAACCAUCCAAGACCUAUACAGAGGGUGUUGAAGAACUCAGUGGUUGGGCCCAUCGUGUCAAGAUUCUUUUUCUUUAAGUUUUUCUUCAAAAGAAGCUUUGGAGAAGUGUUUGGAGUUAUGCCUUCUGAUGAAGAACUUGAUGACAUCUUUACUAUAAAACUUCACAAAGAUGGAAAUAUGGUAGACAGUCUCCUGUUGAACUACGUCAGUGAGAGGGCUGUACACAGAGAUCGAUGGGUAGGUGCUCUACAGACCACCAAAGUUCCAGUUCACAUGAUCUAUGGGCCUGCUGACAUUGUCAACCCACCUGCCUUCAUUCAGUUCUACAAAGAGAAUGUUCCCAACCCAAGCAUAACAGUGCUGAAAUCAAACAUUGGACACUAUCCACAGUUUGAAGCUCCAAAAGAUUUUAAUGUUCCCAACCCAAGCAUAACAGUGCUGAAAUCAAACAUUGGACACUAUCCACAGUUUGAAGCUCCAAAAGAUUUUGCUACUGCAUACAAAACUUUUCUAGGAUCAAUAAAUCAUGCACAAUAA